ACCGCUUACCUCUGCUUCACCGCCCGUGGUCCCCUCUUGCCACUUCACUCGUUCGCCAACGCAGACCGCUCAUUAUCUGCCAGUCCUUCGCUCCUGCAUGUUCCUGGCUGGUCCGGAAAGCUACUCUCAUUAGACAUCUCCUUCGUUACCCCCUCAUCAGUUAUGUGUGGAGGGCCGCAAUGGAAGCGAGAGGUCGUCCCAGACCACAAAUUCGACUUCAUAGACACUCGGGACUUCACUGAUCAUGGAUGCUGGAUGCGCACUCGAUAUUUGUGGAUCUAUGUGCUGGUCCUAAAAUCCUUCCUUGUCUAUGUCUUCGAUAUCUUCACCGCCAUCACCAUGUUAACAACAAACACAUGGUCGAAUCACAUCUUCGACAGCUGUCAGCAAAACGACGACAAUGGUUGCGUUUUCAUACCCUUCACGGUCGGAAAAUGGCUUUUCGUAGGGUGCAUUAUCGCUGGCUUCUUAUUGCUUGCGUAUGAGGCGAGGAAGGCGCGAAAGAUCAUUGCCAGUCGAGAUAUCUCUUAUGCUUUCACCAACAUUAUGGCAAACAACUACUACUCUUUGAGAUCGUAUGACCAUUUCUGUUUCUUCUGCCGUAUCAACAACUCUACAAAGAAAAAGGAUGAUUUUGCUUUCUUCGUAUUCUUUACUUUCAAGAGUUGGAAACGCCUUUUACUAUCCGACGGCCCUCGUCAGGCUAUCAACGGUCUCACUCUUUAUUCAUUCUACUUGUCGCAAAAGACCAAACCUGGUUCUGUGUGGGACUUGAACAAGUACACGAACGGAAGCAUCAUCACUGGUGCUCUUAUCUUCUCGACACUAACAACGGUCUUGAUCUUUGCUGGUUCUGCCUUGUUACUUAUGGCCGCUGGUGUCUUUUACAUCCCUUUGUUGUGUUACAUUCAGGGUAAUCUGAAGGAAUAUUGUUGCCACAAAGUGGAUAAGCGUAUCUCCGAGAUUGUUAAGCGAAAGAAGAAGGAACGGCUCGCUGAGGCGGCUAAGCUUGCAAAGAAGGAAGCAGCAGGAGACUUCUCGCAUCUUAAGAACAAGAAGGGCGAAUUGGUACAUAAUCCUCUGCCGCAACCGACGCUACCAGAUAUCAAACUUGAUGACGAGUUCAUGGAUGAUAGCACUUCCGUCCGUACUCGUGUUACUGGUGCGACAGACUAUUAUUACGCGGAUUACAAGAAUGCAUAUGCAACAGACUAUCCCCCGCCAAUGCCUCCCUAUAAGCAGCAAUACGGAGGUUAUGCCUCAUCACUACAAUCGUCCGACGACCCUUCCUAUUAUUAUGCAGACAACAAAUACGAUAGCCAGGCCAACCUCGCCAACGCAGCAGCGCCGGUUGCCCGACAAACUAACAACAGCUCACCAAUGGCAAACCCACAUAGUGCAAACUACAAUGGGACGUUUGGUUAUGAUGGACAGCAUGGUGGGACUGGGUAUGACAGCUAUAAUCAUGACGGACAUACUGGUUACGGACAGGAUGUGCCCGGCGCAUACGCUGUCAGCGGUGAUGCGAAUGAAUAUGGCCAGCAGCAUAGCCAAGGCUAUUCGCACUACGGACAGAGCUACGAGCAGGAUAUUGGCCAAAGUAAUGGAUAUGCAUAUGAACCUCAGGCGGACUAUCACUCGCAACAACCUCUUACCAAUGUGCCUGCUCGAACAGCAUCUCGCGCCCAGAAUCAUGGUUAUCAGCAGCCGUCAAGGCAAGGGUAUGGCGGGGGGAAUGGGUACGAUGCAUACGGUGCGGGUGGUGGAUAUGGUGCACGAUAGUCUUUCUCCCUCUAGGACUUUUUUGUACAUACGUUUCUUUCUUCUUCUAUGGCUCCGGUCUGGGCACCCUCUUGUGUACAAUCAGUUCUGUUAUCUCCUUGGCUCGAGUUUACCGUCGUUACGCUCAUCGCUAUUCGCUACACUAAUCUAUUUGUUCUUGCUACUUAAG